AGGACCUCGUCGCGGCGGGCGCCAGGAUUCGCAAGGCUGAGAAGAUGGCGAGGAUGAACGUCGAGACCGCGAUCGACAAGACCAAGGCUGUCGUCGUCGAGCUACUGCAGGCGAGGGCUCUGAACACUGGCGCGGACAUCGAGCCGCGCGCGUGGCGGACGAUGCCGCCGCCGCGGUGUCCUUACGUCGUGGAACUCGCGCCGAAACUUCCCGCCGCGCUCGUCCCCUUUGCGGGAUCCGCCGCGGGCCUCAGCGGCUUCGAGGCCACCGCGCAAAUAUCCAAGAACAUGCGCGAUAAGAAGGAUCAGAUCGCCGCCACGGCGCGCGAGGGCGCGAAGGUUGUGGCGGAGAGAGAUCUCGAGGCGGCGAGGAUCGAGGCGCUUCGGCCGCCGGACGCGGUACCGGAGCCCGAACCCGAGGUUAUCCCCCCGCCCAGGGUCACCCCGAGGGACCUCUUCGCGCUCUUGCGAAAUCACUUCGCCCCCGACGGCAACGCCACGACGGGUUUGAGGGAAACGUUCCACCGCUUCGACGACGACGGCGACGGGGCGCUGACGCGGGUUCAGUUCCGCGACUUUGUCAAAUCCGCCAUCCCGGAUGCCACGCAACGGGAGCUGAGGCACUUUGAGCACCUCUCCGUGGGCGACGGCGACGCGCCCGUUUCCCUCAACGUGCUCCGCGAGGCGCUCAGGGGCGCGCAGCGAGCGUUCAAGGCUUCGAAGAUCAGAGCCGCGGCGGUGGAUCCGAGGGCGCCCGCGAUGCCCGAUCGCGUGCGCGACCGCGCCGCGGAGGUCAUAGCUCCUCUGGAAGGUGUCCUGAUACGUCUCAAGAAGGCUCUGGACUCAUCGGAUGAAACCCCGAGGGAGAUUUUUGAUAGGUUCGACGUCGACGAGGACGAGCACGUCACCGAACCGGAGCUCAAGGCGAUCGUAAAGUCCUUAGUCCCGACGUUCACCGCGGAUGAGAUUCGCAUGGCGAUGGCGCACGUGUUCGAGCACGGCGCCGAGGCGAGGGCGAGGUUCGACGAGGACGGCGUCGAGCUGCCGCCGGCGCCGGACGGGGCGGUGGCGUGGCUCGCGUUCAACGACGCCAUUCGGGCGAUGAACAAGGUGGUCACCUGAUAUAAUACCUCACUUGCAUUACGCGACUUCUAAGUUAUU